AUGUCCAGACAAUCGAAAGCGUCGUCUUCAAACGAAGACUCGGACUCCGGUGAAUCGAUAUCCAGUCCGCCUGUGUCGACUGAAUCGUUGCAUGACAUGGAGAAUGGCGGUGAUUACGGCGAUUUUAAUUAUACUUGUUCUAUUUGCAACGAAAUAUUCCCGACUGGUCAGCAGCUGAUUGAACACGAACAGAUACACUCGGACCACUUGCAGUUCUCUUGUUCAUACUGUCCCAGGUUGUUCAAGCAUAAAAGGUCCAGGGACAGGCACACCAAGCUGCACACUGGUGAUAAAAAGUACAAGUGUCUCCAGUGUGAGUCAGCGUUCUCCAGAAGUGACCAUUUAAAGAUCCACAUGAAGACGCAUGACAGCAGGAAGCCGUACAAAUGUGGCUCCUGCAACAGAGGUUACAACACGGCAGCAGCUCUGUCAUCGCAUCAACAGAUCCAUCUGAAGCUGGAGCCAAAGUCGGGCCAAAACGAAGGCGACUCACCUAGUCCUACACUUUUUCGUUGCCACAUUUGUACUGAAUCCUUUAACAGAUCUGAAAGUUUACAGGUUCACUUGGUGAGUCACAGUGAUAGUGAGUCGCCCCAAACCGACACCUUGCAGAACGACGAAGAUAAUGUCAAGUUGAUUUGCAUGUAUUGCUCCAAGGAGUUUCCCAGUUUGGAGGUGAUGUGCCAACAUGUCAACACAUCCCACAAGGAUUUGCAAAAUGGAAUAGCCUCUAGUCUUUCCGGAAAGUCGGACAAUACAACAAUAAUGUCUUGUGAUAAGUGUCCCUUACAAUUCGACUCGCCGCAGUCCUUAAAAGACCACAUAACCAGUUCACAUUGGCAAGACAUAUCGUUCAGUUCUUACGCCAACUUCCAAAUACAACCAACCGACCUGAGCAAACGUCAGAAGAACGACGAGGAGGAUGGAGGCAAUAAGAAGAGGAAACGGAAAGACCACUCGGGCCUCUCUUCCAAUAACUCCUACGGUUCCAUAGAUAAACCUUGCAUAUGCUCAUGUUGUUACGCUCAAUUGCCGAACUUCAAAAGCUUUUUGCACCACAUGGAAACGCACAUGAUUUCAGCAAAUAACGCACUCUUAGGUUUUUGUCCGAUUUGUGGUGACCCAAAUGUUGGGACCUCCAACUUCAGCAACCACAUCUUCGGCCAUGCUAUAGUACAAGUCGCCGGCCUUUGUUGUUACACCUGCAAGAAAACGUUUGAGAGCGUGGAAAAAUUGCAGAAACACCUAAUCGACAUGCACGUCAUUAAUGUUUAUAAAUGUUCAAUAUGCAGCGAGAUUUUCGACACCAAAUUAUCCAUGCAACUUCACUUAACCAACAAACACAGCGAAGAGUGCAAAUACUUUAAGUGCAACUUGUGCACCAACCAAGUCUUCCCCGACAAGCUAUCGGCAGAGCUGCACAUUUCCAUGAAGCACCAACAGUUUGCUGCCUGUUUGAACACUAACAAGUCAAUAUUACAAACACCUUAUCAAUUUGAAAUCAAUUCGAGACUGGGGGACUAUGGAGUGCAGCUUCAAUGUGCCUUUUGUGAUAAGUCAUUCAGCGAUAAAUACUCCCAGUACGUGCACAUCCUGAACGACCACAGCGAAGCCUCUAAGAAGGAUGAAAAGUACCAGGAUAAUUCAAAGAACCAUAAUUCUGGUUCCUCAAGCAAUAUCCAGGCGAGACUCAUGCAGUCACCAGAACUGUCAGACAUAAAGAAGAAGGACUACAAGUACACAUGUGAUAUAUGCAAUCUAACGGACAUACCAUCAGAGUUAGAACUGAUAACCCACAAGAAGGCCCACGUGCAGGCCAAAUCAAAAAACGGUAACUCCUUGGUGAGCUUACAAUGUGCUUACUGCAACGAAUAUUGUAAGUCAAGGAGUGAUCUGGAGAAUCAUAUGAAGACCCAUCAAGUCAGCUGCGGAAAAGGUAAACACAAGUGCAACAUUUGCGACGAAAUAUUCUCCUCCUCCAUCACGUUGGCCGACCACAAAUUGAACCAUUGCAAAAUAGUGGACGGAAGUGUUUGCGUGCAAUGCAAAUCGAUUCUUUGCGAUGAACAGUCGUUUUACAACCACCAAAUGCAACACAGUAACAAGGUUAUAAAGCAGAACUCACAAAUUUCCCUUCCCGCAAACUGCAUAGUCUGUUGCCAAACCCUUCAAACCGACAUAGAAAUCAAACUGCACGCCAAGUUCCACCUCAAACAUCUAUUCCAAAACGAGUACAUUUGCGGCGUGUGCAACCGAGUCUUCGACGUGAGUGGCAACCAGGUCAACAACAAAACCUGCGACAACAACAUCACGGUCUCGAUAUGCAAGGAGUGCACCAACCUGAACAACAACGACAUAACCUCCAACAAGUACAUGCCGGUACAUUCACCCCAUUUGUCCAAGUGCAAAGUGGAAAAGUCGCAGGACGAGCACACGAACGCGGAGUGCCACCUGUGCAAACAAGAGUUCACGUCCUCGCACAAGCUGCAAACGCAUUUAAUCGAGCACAACUUCUUCGGCAUGAACCAGUACAGUUGUUACGUUUGCUCGUCGGUCUUCACCGGCGCCGUGGGCUUGCAAAACCACAUCUUGGAACACGGAUUGGACGCCAAACCUUACGAGUGCAAUCAGUGCCAGUCCAAGUUCUUUUUCCGCACCGAGCUGGACAAUCACCGGUUCACGCACGUACAACAAAGUCCGAGUGCCAGGAAAUGUUACACCCCUCAGCUGCCCUACACUAGUGUCAACGGCAACUGCAACGGUAGUGAAAAGACUGAACAACAAUACAAGUCGUGCCAGUAUUGUGCGAACACCUUCAUAGAUAACACGUUCUAUCUGGAACAUUUGAGUCAGUGUCCGUUUAAUCAGAGCAAAAUUGUCUUUGAGGCGACCAGCAGUAUUAAGGUUGAGGUCAAGGAGGAGUUUACGGAAGAGGCUUGCAACGAGGCAUAGUCUGACCAAACAUCAAUUCUCAACUGUUUGCCAAUUAUGUACAUAAUGUUGUUGCAUUUGUAAAAAAAAGUAGCUAAAUGAAUCUUGAACAUUUCAGGGGCCAUAAUAGUAUAAAAAAAACGUGUAAAUAAAAGUAAAACCUGCAAUUUUUCCACGACUUACCACCAUCAUUAGAAGUUGCUUUGUUUUAGACUUGGUGUUUCGUCAAUUACAAACCCCUGUUAAAAGUUUUUGCGUUAAUUACAAACAAAGAAAAGGUUCAUUGGUCAUUGGAACAGGCCCAAUUUUUUACGAACUUGUAAAGUUAAUAACUGUAAAACCACUGAAUUGUAACUAUUUUAUAAUAAACAUUUAACUCCGUCCACUUGUUACAGUAUGCCCGUCCAUACUGUUUUUAUUAUAUGUUUAAGUAUUCCACUUUUGUGAAAUGUUUGUAUGACAUACAAAGCCAAAUACAAACAGGGUAAUUGGUUAAAUUUAAUUUGUUGUGUAUAUAUUAAAAUCUG